UAUGGCCUGCUUUAUAAAAGUUGUCCUCUUUUUAGGUAAAACACCUACAAGCAGAAUUUGAGAUUCAUCUAUCCAAAAAGAAUUCGAGAUUCGAAGAAAAACAGAGAUGCUGAAGAUGGUUCGAACAAGUGCUUCUUCUUCUUGUCUUCCCUCUACUCAUCUUGUUGCUGUUCCCCUCAUCAACAAUUUCAUGGCUUUGUUUCAUUCGAGACAAACCCAGCUAGGAAAUCGACCCUCAGUGCCCAAAGUCACCAAUCUUGAGGAUGCCUUGAAGGUGUUCGAUCAUAUGCUUCACUCGCGUCCUCUGCCUUGCGUUAUCCCUUUCACUCAGAUCUUGGGUCAACUUGUCACAUUGAAACAUUAUUCAGCAGUCAUCUCUUUGAAUAGGCAGAUGGGUCUGAUCGGAAUUGCUCCUGAUGUUUAUUCUCUAAAUAUUAUCAUUAAUUGCUAUUGUCGUUUGAAUCAAGUCGGGUUUGGCUUAUCUGUCUUGGCGCAAUUCUUCAAAUUGGGUCUUCAACCAGACGUCUUCACCUUCACCACUCUAAUCAACGGCUUUGUUCUCAACAAUCAAGUCCCUGAGGCUGCACGAAUUUUCACCAAAAUGCUGCAGGCAGGCGCAGGUCAUUCUAAGCCCAAUGUGUUUACUUUCACCACACUAAUAAAGGGCUUUUGCAUGAUAGGAAACAACAGAGCUGCAAUUCAAUUACUCAGGAAGAUGGAAGAAGAAGGAGGAUGCGAGCCUAACACAGUUUCCUAUAACACCAUCAUCCACAGUCUCUGCAAGGAUACACUAAUUGAUGAAGCAAUGAACCUCUUCUCAGAAAUGAUUACUAGAGGUACUGCUCCGGAUGUUGUUACUUACACCUCUUUGAUUCAAGGAGUUUGCAAUAUACGCCAGUGGAAACAAGCUACAACGUUGUUGAAUGAAAUGGUGAGUCAAGGUAUCUUUCCAGAUAUCCACACCUUCAAUGUCUUGGUUGAUACACUCUGUAAGGAAGGGAUGGUUGUGGAAGCCGAAACUGUGGUUGAGACGAUGAUUCAAAGAGAUAUCGAGCCUGAUGUCAUUACUUACAACUCACUUAUGGACGGUUACUGUUUGCGAGGAGAAAUGGACGAGGCGAAAAAAGUUUUUGAUCUAAUGGUUAGCAAGGGCUCCAUGGUUAAUGUUCAGAGUUGUAGCAUAUUGAUAAACGGAUACUGUAAGCAGAAAAAGAUCGAUGAGGCCAAUAAGGUUUUUCAGGAAAUGACUUGUUGGGAGCUUGUUCCUGAUACCGUUACUUAUAACACUCUUAUUGAUGGUUUUUACAAAGCAGGCAGAACACAAGAUGCAGAAAAGUUGUUUUCUGAUAUGCAAGGUUGUGGCCAACCUCCAGAUGUUCGAACUUAUAAUAUUUUAGUUGAUGGCCUGUGUAACAACCAACAACUUUCUAAAGCUCUAGAAUUGCUUAGAGAAAUGGAAGGCAACAAGUUGGAACUAGAUAUUGUAGUUUACACUACUAUCAUUGAAGGUUUGUGCAAAGCUGGGAAAAUGGAUUCUGCAAUAGAUGUCUUCUCUGGUUUGUCAUCAAAUCAUCUUCAACCUGAUGUGUGGACGUAUAAUAUAAUGAUUCUUGGAUUUUGUAAAGGAGGCCUAUUAAGUGAAGCUGAAAAUUUGUUUACAGAAAUGAAGGAGAGAGGCUGUUCUCCAGAUGACUGUACCUAUAACACAAUUAUCCGAGGUUUUAUGAAUAACUAUGAGACCUCAAGGGCUACAGGACUUAUUCAAGAAAUGCUUGAGAGGGGUUUCUCUGCGGAUGCAUCAACUAUGGACUUGAUUGUUGAUUUAUUGUCAAAGGAUACAGUAGAUCCUGUAUUAGAAGCAUGGCUUAAAGAUUCAGUCUGAAAUAUAUGAAUAUAUGAAAUGAAUCAAUACCACUACGAAAUUCGAAACUGCUGCAGUGCUGCUCCUUUAGCAACCCUGGAACUUCUGUGAAUGCAGUUUGUAUCUUCCGGUGCAUGUCUACAUAUUACUCCAUCAAUGCCUCUGCUUAUGUUCAAUCGAUUAUGGAGCUUCUGGAGUAUGGUUUGCACAACCAUGUUUGUAGGCUGGAACGCAGAUUGUGAACAAGAGCAAGAAUACUUCUGUUCCAAGGGCUUUAGAUUAUCCGAGGGAGAAAGAUGGAGCACGACUUCAGAUGAGACUAUCUUACAGUCCAGUUGCAAAUUUAUUUCUCUUUCUUGUUGAGUGGACGGAUUACCAGCUUGCUGGGGCCCUUGGCUUGCUUAGAAUUCUUAUUUAUGUGAUUGGCAGACUUAUCGGAUGGAAAGAGUACCAUAUCGAUUUACGAGAGGGCCAGCAUCAAAGAAUUUUAGGGUCAGUCAGGUUCAAUGUAGACAACUUUACUAAUGUAGUAAUAUGUACACAAAUGCGUAACAUUGUAAAUUUGGAAGUACAUCUGCAGUAGAUGUGUUGUGCUCGCGUGUUUUUCCAUUCACAGAAAGGAGUGAUAUUUCCUUCUUUGUUGCAACUUCAAAAAGAGUUUUGUGGGAGUAGAAAUACAGAGAACAGUAAUAGCUGCGCGUUCACAAGAAGACAAUACAUUGAAGUAAA